AUGAGUUUCCUCAAGGAGCACAACCCAGAGGUAGCAGUCCAGGAGGAGGACCUGGAAAACACAAACAUCCCCCACAUCGAAGAUCUGAUGGAGUUCAUCAGUUCCCAGGAGUUAGGUGACAACUGGAACAACAUGGACAGCUUCAUUAGAUGGGUGUCAUUAUCAGAAGACCCUGAUGCACAAGCUGUAGCAUCACUCAUUAUGGGCCUUGACAUCAAGAGAAAUCAGGAUAUAAUGCCACAAAAAGGAGAACAGGACAAAGACUACUGA